GCGCCUGAGUCUCUAUAUUAAUCCGGUCCAGCGCCGCUGUCCGUUCAGCACCACCGACUGUGUUAAGAGACAUUAAAGCGCUGACAGUCGGCAUUUAAUGCCAGAAACGCUCUGGAAACCGCUCUUCGUUUGGACAACUACUUGUUUGUUAGUGAUUUUGUUAAAGUGGCGGAGUUAAAUGCGUUUGACGCGUCUGUGAGAAGGACUCCAACAGUUUGUUUAACACAUUCACUGACUGUGCAAAGAGAGUAGCUCUCGGUUUGUACAAGAAAAAGCUUUGGAUUUCCAUGCUAACUACAGCUAACCUGCGUUUUCUCGCUCUUGUGCUUGUUUUGAGUGAUUUUUAUUAGCGCGACGUGGUGGAGCUAUAUUCAUUUUAUUUAAAUUACACACUCAAAUGUUUUUCUGAAGAUCUGAUUUUAUUGUGGAAUAUUUUAUUGUCUUUUUAGUCUAACUAACCGAAAUUUACUCAAGUUUUUAAGAGACACACGGUCGUCAUGAGAGCUCUUUUUGUGGCACUGCUGCUUUCAUAUGCGUCGGGGAGCGGAAAAGCGGCUGGCGCGAGCGGCGCGAAGGGAAACCGCUUCGUGUGCACCGCCGUGCCAGCGGGAACCGACCUCAGUUGCCCGGUGGAAACGACCAACCGGGUCCAAAGCACAAGUCCCCAGGAGGAAGAACUGCGGAAUACUAUCAUUCAGCUUCGAGAGACCAUCCUGCAGCAGAAGGAAACUAUCGUCAGUCAGCAGGGCACCAUCAAAGAGCUCAACUCCAAACUCGCGCGCUGCGAGGCGGACGCCAGGUCGCGGGGCAGCUCGCGCAGAAAGGAUUAUAGUAAAAACACGAUGGGCGAUCUGCCGCGUGACCCCACCGAGACCGUGGAGCAGCUGGGCAAGACCAUGCAGAGCCUCAAAGACCGUCUGGAGAACCUGGAGCAGCAGCUGCGUGCCAACACAACAGGUGGGAUGUUUCCCAAUGAGCUGAGAGACCUGCUGAAGCACCGUCUGACUGACCUGGAGAGCCAGCUGCUGACCAGAGUGGCCGAACUCGAGGAGGAAAAGAGCCAGCUGUACAACGAGACAACCGCUCACCGACAGCGCACCGAGAACACGCUCAACUCACUACUGGAGAGGAUCACCGAGCUGGAGAAAAGUAACAGUGCGUUCAAAUCUCCAGAGGACUUUAAGGUAUCUCUGCCUCUGCGCACCAACUACCUGUAUGGCCGCAUCAAAAAGAGCUUGCCAGAGAUGUACGCCUUCACUGUGUGUAUGUGGCUCAAGUCCAGUGCCAGUCCUGGAAUCGGAACCCCGUUCUCUUACGGCGUCCCGGGACAAGCCAAUGAGAUUGUGCUGAUAGAGUGGGGAAACAGCCCCAUGGAGCUACUCGUCAAUGAUAAGGUAGCUCAGCUUCCUCUCUCUGUGAGUGACGGCCGCUGGCAUCACAUCUGCAUCACCUGGACAACCAGAGACGGCUUCUGGGAGGCCUAUCAGGAUGGAGAGAGACUAGGGACUGGAGAGAACUUGGCCCCCUGGCACCCAAUUAAACCUGGAGGAGUCAUUAUCCUGGGCCAAGAACAGGACAUCGUAGGUGGACGAUUUGAUGCCACUCAAGCCUUCGUAGGAGAGUUAAGCCACUUCAACAUGUGGGACAGAGUCCUGCGUCCUAUAGACAUCUCCGCUAUGGCCAACUGCUCAGCCUACAUGCCGGGCAAUGUGGUGCCGUGGGUCGAUGCCAACGUGGAGGUAUUUGGCGGUGCCACAAAAGCAGCACUGGAGAUUUGUGAAGACCGUCUCUUUGAUUCCUAAGGACACGUCUGUCAGUUUGGAAGCAUUCUCGUUGUAGAGGUAACCCACGUCCCAAUACUGCUCUGGGAACUUACAAAGAUGGUUCAAAAGAAACACACGUUUACAUGUUUUCAAAUAAAGGAUUAUUUCCUCCUCUAUUUUGCUUUGUGCUUGUUGAGACUUUCCUGUCAGCCUGACCAUUAACUAAAAUGACUGUGAUUAAUUAGAAAAGAAAAAAACGAAAAGAAAUCAGUCUGCACAUUCAAGGUCAAAAAAGAGUAUUUGCGGCUCUGGCUGAAGCAACUCUUGUUGAUAUUAUGUAUGCUUUUCUCUGUGUUGCGUCCUUCAAAAACUUCUCUCCACAAACUCAUGGGUAUUUUAAGAACUGCAGUAAAAGAUGGAUUUUUUUUUUUGGCCAUUUUCGCUUUGAGCUUUUGUCAUGUUGUGUAUAGGCAGAUGCCCUUCAAACCUCUGAAAAAAAUUCAACUGCAUAGUUUCAACAAAAGCUUUAUUAAAAAUUGAUGAAUGAGUUAGACUGUGACGUUGCACAUAUGGAGAGGCAAUCAGACAGAAGUGUCUUUAUGUGAUCCAGAGAUUAGUGGAGGGAACAUUCGCAUUUAAAAAAUCUUCUUUAAUGUCGCCGUCCCUCACCAGCUGCCGUCUCCAGCAGAUCUGACAUCCAGAAACCUUAAAGUAGCAAAGCCGCCAAGGACUGACCUGCAGCUCUCUGAGGCUCCCAGGAGAAGGUCUGGCUGCAGUGCUUCACCUCCUCAAGCUAGUUUGAUUUCAUUCAGUUUGUGAAUCCCUAAUUGUGCGGUCUUUGAAACGUUUAUGAAGGAUUUUAACAUGAACAGAUCAUGGCGUUAUGAGAUGAACUGUGAGAACUCGACCGGGAAUGUGUGCUAUACUUUUAAAUGUUUCACUGAAAAAAAAAAUAAGAAGAAAGAAAACAUUUCGUUGAGAUGAAACUGAUAUGCUGAAUGACGUUGAGAGCGUUUGCACUUGUCAAGUUGCACUUGCGCAACGUCAGGAAGUUUGAUUUAUCUGACAGUUUGAUGCUACAAAUGGGUGAAUCUCAUGAAAACCUGUCAAGGUCAUAUUUCCCUCCAAAAUCAAAAGGAAA